AUGUUCGGGUGGACAUGGUUAUCUCGGCUUAAGCCGUUCAGCUUCUUAAAGCUAAGGCUACCCUUUGAUUGGAGAAGGUUGGAAAUAGUCUUACCACGUUUGCGGCUAGUUCGCUGUCUAUUCUAUGCCUUUCUACAAGAACUAAGGCAAACGACAUGGAUGUUAGUCGCCCUGGCGUUACUAACUUACUAUGAGUUAUUUCAUGUAGCGCUAGUAUGCCCAUAUUUCACGGGAGACCGACUUUCACCUCGUCUCAACAGGUUUGCAACUGUUGGAAAAACAUAUAGACCAACUUUCUACCUUUUCGCUCCAUUUUGUCAAUGGUUAUAUCUAAUAUCUUUCUGCAAGCUUAACAGAUGCUAUCGAGUAUUAGUAUCGAUAACGACGGAUGCAACAUCACGUAUUUUAUCUAUGCUCUCGUGGAUAGCCUCCCUGUUGAUGCGGAUGGUUAUGACCUCGUUUUUAUUUAAACGUCUAUUCCGUGGACAGGCUGAGGUGGCUAUCCGCGAGUUUUUGGAGGGACAUAACGGAGCCCUGGUGGUACUAGACUACUAUCUACCCCAAUGGGUUGGUGGUUUCUGUUCGAAAUGCGGAAAGUAUAGCAUGAAAGGUGGCGUUAGGUUCCAAACCGACCCUUGUAAUACCAACAAGCAAGAUCCCAAGAAUAGUCACUAUACACAGGAUAAUGCUAAUGUUAAACCGCCUAUUGUGACUACACAUUUGGAAAGCUCAAUAAAUACAAACUAUAGGAAAAAGGAUCCAAAUCAACAAUCACGAUAUAAAAGGAAUGAUAACAAAAAUGAUAGGCAGUCUAAUACCGUCCGUGAUGUAUUAGGUGCCGCUAAGGCAGAUUGUGCACGAAAAUGUGAACCAGGUGACAUAUUAGAACAACCAUCUGGUGCCAAUCCGGCAACAACAAACAACCCUGAAGGUAACGGUAUACCGGUUGAACCUCCUCCACAAAAACUGCUUCGGGGUGUCAUUGCAAUCAUUGGGGAUGUUAGUGUCCCCUAUAGCAUAUGCAAUCAAAACUUCAAUUGCAGAUGUGACAGGUCUAGUGACGAAGAGGAUACAUGUUUAUGUCAGGGCUGUGGACAAUCAAAACAUGAAGAUAAAAAGGGUGUCAAUAUAGACGCACCAGGACACCCAACCAUACGAUACCUAAUCAGUGAUGCUAUGGAGAUCGGUUUUGCUUGUGUUCAGGUCCAUCUAAACGUAAAUUUGGGCAUGGCGAGUGAAGCCUUUCCAACAUGGACAGGCUUGAGGUGCUUCCCUUUGAGUCUCUAUAGUGAUGCGCUUAUAGAUUUGGACUGUGCACUUAAAAGGAUAAGUCUGCGAUAUCCAAAUCUACCACUAUGCUGUUUAGGUUUCGGAUACGGGUCAAAUAUACUUAUGGAGUAUUUGUCAUUUGGGUCCGCCGGAAAGGCUAUACGUGUCAUCUCAAACCAAUCAGCUGAUAACCAUUGGAACAUGGCCACUUUGGCACAACGUCAUGCAUUGCUGGCCAAACGACGAAUACCUAUGGAUAUGUAUGACAGUGCAGAGUCAUUUACCGGUAGCGAAUACGAUUCACGCGAAGCCAGAAGGACAGAACCGUUCUCUCAAGUAUGCAUUCGUAAAAACUCGGGUGAUCGUGAUCUAUCCUCGAGUGCGACUGGUAACACCCCAAAAGCAUAUGUUCGUCGUACACGUCAAAGUCAAAAAUACACUAUGAACCCGGCUAUGAACACGAGUUCAAAAUUUGGGGAUAAACAGUUUACACAUGAUAACCCGAAUUACGAAUCCUUUAUGUAUCUGCAUAAGGUUAUUGGUGAUAGUAACACGGCGAAUGCAUCAUCGCAAAAGCGAUCUGGAGCUGCGGGCGAUAUUAUAGUGACUCCGACAGAAGGCCAUUUCCAAUUCGAGGAGGAGUCUGAUGAAUGCACAUAUGAGACCACUGUUGUUUACCCGCCAGCCCAGCAAUCAGAGGUUAUAUUUGACGUUAAGCGUAUCUCGGCGGUGGCUUGUGUUAACUUGAACAUGCGUAUUAGUGGUAAUACGUUGUAUCAGUGCAGUUAUCCUCGGAAAUCCAACGCCCAGGGAGCAUAUGCUCGCUAUUGUUACUCUGCUCUGAAACACCAUCUCAUAUCAUUGUUUAGAGAGGUACAUUGUUCAAGAAAGAAUGACAAUAUGCAGAAAGAAUGCUGCAGUUACCGCUGUUGUCAUUAUAUACGCUCGUUAGCAGCUCAGCCUCUAUCACGUCGUUUAUUGUCGAAAUUACGUAAGGAGCGUGAUGGGUUUCACACUUCCUUCCGGCAUUAUCGUAUCGAGCAGCUUCUUCUCGCCUUGCAUCGCGAAUACCGUAGUUCAUAUCGUCAUAUGCGCCGUAGAACCUUGGAUGAGUAUGUGAAUUAUACUUCUGGGAUAUUCAGGCGGUUUGGAGCACGCAGCAGUCCUGAUUUCAAGUUAUGUGCCCUAAUGACAUCACGAUAUGUAUAUAGUCAUGUAGGCCAUGACGGGAAGAAUCGUAUCGAAUCUGUAUCUGGUGACCCUACUUACAAGCUUGUUAACAAGUAUGUCGAUACUAAUAUCCGUAUCGGGAGGGCUAAUUUGAGUAGUGGCGUGACGAAUGCGAUCAACAAGAGCGCAUCUCGUUCUAAUGACCCUAAGAUACACAAGUAUUUGGCGGAGAUGAUAAAUCGGGAGUACACUAAUAACAUUAUUAACAUCCGUCGUAACUUCGCGGCGAUAUCGUUGCCCACAUUGCUGCUGUCAUCAUUGAACAGUUCGCAAUUUACAAUAGAGGAUGUCGACAUUUUUGACGUUGUUAGAAACCCGAACAUUGUCCAUUAUGUAUGCAAAAGUGGUGGAUAUGGCACUUUUCUAUCAGGUUUCUGCCCGGCGCCAUGGUUCAGCCGCCCUCUUCUCGAGUUUCUAGACGAGAUGUCAAACCACCGUGUAUUCCUUUAA